ACUAUUCACAAAAUAUCGCACACAAAAGAAUUCUUCUUCUGCAUGUCAUCUAUUCUGGCUUUUGUGCGCAAAAAAUGGAUAGAAUAUACAGCGCCAUUUCAUCGAUGUGCUACCAAGGGAGAAGUCGAACUGGUGAUCAAGAUCACUUGACGCUGUAAAGGACAUAACAAAUACAGAGGAACUUGCGAUAUCUAUUUAGUGAAAAAUGGGAACACAACAACUUGUCUACCUCACUAUCAUCGCAACGUCGUUCUUCCCAUGGCUUGUCAUUUCAACUACCACCACACCAGCAUCCCUUCCUGCUAGUACCACAGCCGUCGGCGUGGCACUCGGGAACCUUACCGAGUGGGAGCGAUGGCAAGCCUUCAGGAGUGGGCAGGGGCUUCCCGGCAACUACAGCAAAGCAGUCCGCCCAAACUCUGAAGAUCGCUGGACUGAUAUUUUGUGCGGAAUCCGUAUGAGUGAUGUGGGAUCUUUGUCCCACACUACCAUGAAAUUUGAAGCUAGCUUCGACCUUACUUUGGAGUGGCGCGACCCCCGCCUAGCGGGAAUGGUGAGAAGCACAACCCCCAUCCCGACCACCAUGCUGUGGACCCCGGCCAUCAGCUUCGGCAAGAAAGUGCAGGUCAUCACUGAUGGAGGCGCGAGGAACGAGGAGGAAGGUGUCAUCACUGCGUGGGUGAUGCCCGACGGUACCAUCGCGAACAAGAAAAGGUACGACGUGAAGAUUAAGUGUGCCAUGGACCUGAAGGCCUAUCCUGUGGACAACCAGCAGUGCAGCUUCCAGUUUCACGGACUAAACGGAGCCCUGUUGCGCCUGAAGCCGACGUUUGAGUGGCGCAAUGACGUGUCUCUCACUACGGACAUCACGUCCGUCCACUCCGCCUUCAGCGUCAUCAGCGUGCAGAUCCGCGCCUACGCCAACUCCUUCCUGGACCAGUCACAAGGAAAGGGUUGCAGCUACCAAACAUCAGACUGUGAGUACGCCCAGGACGUGUGUGAUUUUGAGGACAAGGGGAACAGCCAGUGUGAGCGGUACGAGGGGUCCUGUAAGAACACGGUCCAACAGUGCGCACUCGUCUCCUCCAAGUCGAGUCCCAACACCUACACCACCAUAGAGAUGACCCUGAAGAUGUCCCGGCUGCGGAACUACCACCUGAUGGAGAUCUACAUCCCCAGCAUCACCAUCGUCUGCCUGUCCUGGGUCGCCUUCUGGAUCAACCGCGCAGCCGUGCCUGCCCGUGUAGCGCUGGGCAUCACCACCGUGCUCACCAUGGUCACACAGAGCACACGUGUGGUCGGCAUGCCACAGGUGUCGUAUGUUCGCGCCAUUGACGUGUGGGCCCUGUCGUGCCAGACCUUCGUGUUCCUGGCCCUGGUGGAGUACGCUCUCGUCAACUACCUGGGCGGAAAGGAGAAACCAAAGGACAAGCCGUCUGCACCCCCUGCUCCUAAGAGGUCUCAGUCUAAGACCUCCGAGAAGAUGAACAACUUGGACAAGAACAUCUACCCCAACCUCAGCACCAAGGACGUCAACAUCGAUACUGAGCUCUCGCCCCUACAGGACCGCCCAUCCUCUCGCGAGAACAACUGGAUGAAGAUGAACAAGACCAGCUCGUUCUCCCUCAAGGUCAAGGGUGGACUGGCCCUCGUGACCUCCGGCAUCAAGAAGGACGACAACAAGAGCGACAUCGGCGCGAAGAUUGACAAAGCCGCCAGGAUCCUGUUCCCCGCCGCUUUCAUCAUCUUUAACCUGGUGUACUGGCUGUGGUACGUGGCAAACGUGUAAACAAAUUGAUCUAGGCGGCUGCUUAAAACGCCACGCACAGUUAGCCAUGGUAACUGUACAUCUAUGGCUGACUUAAUAGAGUUUAUUUGCAAGUUCAUGCCCGAAGGCUAAUUGCAAGUACAUUGUACAUGUAUAAACAUAGGAGAUAAACA